AUGCCUCCGAUGCACAUGAUGAAGGUGUCUGUGCAGCAGCGUGGUGUGCUUGCGAGUUGCACUCACCUCCCAGCAGCCUGCUGUCUUCACAUGGGCUGCAAACGGCCGCUUGGGGCCAUCACAGGUAUAUAUGCUCUAGGCAUGCGAUGUUCGCUUGCCUUCGUGCCUUCCACGGCACCUCACGCCUUGAGGCUCGCCAGCAAUGGAUUGCACCGCGCGCGUGGUGCGGUUGUUCCAACAUCAACACGUCGUUCUCUGGGGUCAGCGAAGACCACGACUAGCAUGGACACCGCCAACGUAGAGCGGAAGAAGGUAGUCUUUCUCGGCACGCCAGAAAUCGCGGCUUCGUCUCUGGGACUUCUCCUGGAGGCUUCUAGACAGGGCAAAGGCGGUGGGUUUGACGUGGUUCGGGCGGUGUCCAAUCCCCCGGCGCGCACAGGGCGCAAGAAGGUUCUGCAGCCGUCCGCCGUUCAGGCUCUCGCCGACAGCGAAGGCAUCACGGUCAUGACACCGGGAACCGCCCGCGACGAAGAGUUCUUGGCCGGGCUGGAGGAGCUGCAGCCGGAUCUGUGCAUCACAGCAGCCUACGGACAGUUUCUGCCGCGAAGGUUUCUGGACAUCCCCAAGUUUGGCACCCUGAACGUGCACCCCUCGCUGCUGCCGCUGUAUCGGGGAGCGUCGCCGGUCCAGCGGUGCCUGGAGGCCGGUGAUACCGAGACCGGGGUGACGGUAGCGUUUACGGUGCUAAAGAUGGACGCGGGCCCUGUCGUCAGGCAAACGGUGCGCGAGCUGGAUGGCUCCGAGAAGGCACCCGAGCUGCUGCAAGAGCUGUUCUUGGAGGGCACGAAGCAGCUAAUCGAGUGCCUGCCUGGGGUGUGGGACAACACAGUCGAGAAAUCCCCGCAAGACGACGCUGCGGCAGUGAAAGCCGCCAAGAUUUCUGUCGACGAAGCGCGCUGCUGCUUCAAGACUACUAGCGCCACAACAAUUCACAACAAGGUUAGGGCGUUCGCGGGCUGGCCGGGCACAUGGGCCAUGUUCUCCUGGGGUAAGGAAGGCACGGACUCCGAAGCGCGAAAGGUGAAGCUCAUCACCACAGCGGUUGCGGAUCCAGCGGCGGCCGGCGAUGAUGCAGAUGGUGGAACCAUCGAGGAAACCGCAGUCGCCGAGCGACAAGUGGUGAUGAAGGGCGACGCGCUAGAGUUGACGUGUUCGGACGGUAGCGUCUUGAGAGUGCUGGAGCUGCAGCCGUUGAAUAAGAAGGUCAUGAGCGCGAAGGCGUUUGCGAAUGGUCUUAGGGGAGACGAGAUGAGAUGGGUUGAGCUAGAACCCUUGGCAGAUGCGGUUCCAGCAUGA